AUGCCCGCGAGCGGUGCGAGAGACUCGACGUCGGAGCCCACGGAGGCGACGCUGGCGUCGAUCGAGCGCGCGUACGAGCGUCAACGCGCGGCGGUGGAGGCAUCGACUGAAAAAUUACAAAAAACGCUCAAGCGCGUGCGCGACGCCGAACGGCGAGCCCUGGAGCUCGAGAUACUGGAGCGAACGACGACGUUAGAACUCAGGGAACGCAUGGGGGAGAUCGCGAGGGCGCGAGCGGCGAUCGCGCGCGCGGAGGCGGAGACGGCGACGCGGGCGAGAGACGACGCGCGCGCGUCGGACGCGCGCGUCGCCGAGACGGAGGCGACGACCGACGCGCGCCGCGAACGCGAGCUCGAACGAAUGCGGCGCAUCGAUGAUCUCGAACGCGGAUUCGAGCGCGAGCGCGAGCGCGUGGAGAGGCACAGAUCGUCCGUCGACGCGUACGAAGCCGCGCCAGACGCGCGCGAGUGA